UGACGGUCUAGAGCUGAGCUUCCAGGCAGAAGUUGGUCUCCUGAGCAGGACUGUCUUGGUGCAAGGCUCCUCAACUGCGUCGGGCUGGGAUGAAACAAUUGAAGCUUGUCCAGAGGGAUUUGACACUGGCGAGUUUGUGACUCAGACCUGCUUCCAGGGCCGGUUUGGAGAGGAGAGGGUAGUGAUCAGUUUGGUGGGCACCUCAUGUUGCACCAACCAGACCGCGACGGGGGCUUGAUCACCGCACGCAUCGAAUAUACCGAGUUCUACUAUAUGGGGCAAGCCUUCCGUCUGGGCCGCUAUGCCGUCCACUCCCAUCUGAACGGUGACAUGAGCGGCAACUACGUGCGCGGGAAUGCCAUCCACCGCAGCUUUAACAGGGCGGUGGUCAUGCACGGUACAAACAACUGGCUGGUGGAAUACAACGUGAUCAACAACAUCAUGGGUGGAGCUGUCUUCAUCGAGGAUGGUAUCGAGACUGGAAAUAUCAUUCAAUACAACCUUGCAGUUUUCGUCAGGUCCAGUACCAGCCUGUUGAAUGAUGAUAUCAUGCCCGCUGCCUUCUGGUUACUCAAUCCGGACAACAUUGUGAAGCACAACCAUAUUGCAGGUGGCACCCAUGUUGGUUGCUGGUACUCGUUGGAACCAGAUGUCAUCGGUGCAUCGUUCGCAUAUGAUCCAGCUUUGGUCCCAAAUAGUGUAAGACUCGGAGUGUUCGAAAACAACACCGUCCACUCCAAUGGGUGGUUUGGCAUCUGGAUCUUUGAGGACUACUACCCUACCGAGCCUGCAGUCUACACGGGCCUCACAGCCUAUAGGUGUGAGAAAGGUGCAGAGGGGGUGUUCAUCGGAGAUGUCACUUUUGAUAAUUUCUUGGUGUAUGACAACGAGAAGGCUGGGAUAGAAACCAAGAAAUCUGUCAAGGGUGGCGGGGGCAAUACAAAGGUUACAAACUCACACAUCAUCGGAUACACUGACAUGGCUGAUGCAGAUGAAGGCACCAGGGGUGGUGUUGUCCUCCCAUUUGGUCCAAAUUACAGUGUGGAGGACACGACGUUCUACAACUUUGACCGAGCAGGCACCUCCGCUAUUACUGUCACCAGGAUUGACGGCACCUGUAACGACUGGUGCUCUGGUUUUGUGGCCAAGGUGUCAGGCAUUAGCUAUUAUCAGACAACGAACAAAGCUGCCUUUGACUGGGAGCACGAGAGUGUUAUCUGGGAUGUGGACGGAAGCUUCACAGGCACAGGUUUCGCAGACACUGUUGUUGCUCCCUGUACGGGUGUCCUGCCGCCAAGCUGCGCAGAGAGUGAGGAGUACAAUUUGGGAGCACACCCUGGCUGUGUCUGCUCGAAUCCAACUGUCAAACCUAGGCGUUUUGCCUUCAACAAUGCCCGGCCCAGUGCUCUUGAUGCCAGAGACGCUAUUUUUGAGAACCAACAUGGUUCUACCAGUAGUCCCUGGGCAGACAAGAGAAUGACCCACAAGAAGGGGUGGAUGGUCGACCUGCCGGUCGGGGAAAGCUACAACUUCUAUUGGGAGGAUUCGGGACAUCUUAAUGCCAACAUCAGCUACACAGGGACAUUCUACGAGAUGGAGGAAGACGAAUGGAUCAUAAUGAGGCAUGAACUGAACCAGGCCCCCGAUCGUUUCUCCAUCGUCGACGACAGGGAAGGGUUGGACAGCCCAAUCAACCCUGAUGUCGACAACAACGGGGACUGGUACUUUGAUGACUCUGUGUCACCACAUGUCUUCUCAUAUCUAAUCAAGGGAGAGGUCGGAGGUGUGGACAUAGACGUCAACCUGAAUGUGUAUCGCUGUGUGUACGAGGGUUGUGUGGCGCCCAUCAGCCCAGCUGACGCUCCCCCUUCAGAGAACAGACCCGAUGACUACGUCGUAUACGGUGACUCGGAUGUCGAGUGGAGCCAAUACGCCGAUGACACGAGCUUCCUGGUUCCAAGUCUGGCAUCUUCCCCCGAUAGGAAACGGAGCGCACUGAUACCUAGGGAUGGAGACAACCUCAGGAUUGACAACAUUCCGUGGAUGGUGCUUGGUUGUACCAAUCUCCCUAGGCUUGGUCAGCUCCACAUUGUGACAGUUCUGGAACUGUGGGACAGCACACAAGGCUAUACAUGCGACUACACUCUGGAGGCCACACAUAUCUUCGUACAGGGACGACUGGUUGUUGGUUGGCCAGAUGAACCAUACUUGGGCAACGUUGUCUUCAGUCUUCGCGGAGACCACACCACCCCUGACUUGCAACUACCAAGUGGUCCUAAUGUUGGAUCCAAGGCACUUGCUGUGUUCGGAGGUCUGGACCUGUAUGGAAAGCCACAGACUCCCAGCUGGACUAGCCUGACCCAAACCGCUAACGCUGGUGAUAACACCAUCACUCUGGCAGACCCUGUGGACUGGGAGGCAGGCCAGGAGAUUGUCAUCACUCCCACUGGGUUCACUACCUGGGAAACGGAAACAUUCACAAUUUCUGCUGUCUCUGCUGAUGGUAUGACCUUGACCCUUGAUGGAGAUCUUCAGUACACGCACACAUAUGCCAGUGACACCUUCGAUAAUGGCGAGUCCUACACCAUCGCAGCUGAGGUAGCACUCCUUAACAGGAACAUCAAGAUUGUGGGUGCAUCUUAUGAUGACCAAGAAGAAGAAUCCUUUGGAGCCAGGGUAUUGGUCGGCUCCUUCAGCUCUGCAGGACAAGCAUACACAGGCUAUGCCCGAAUCAGCAAUGUUGAGUUUGAUCGGACUGGUCAGGAGGGAUGGACGGAUCGCUACGAUCCCCGCUACUCUCUGGCAUUCAUUGACCUUGGAGAUGUCCCGGCCGACAGACCAUCAUUUGUUGACAACAGCGUCUUCCACCACGGAUUUGCUCCCGGCAUCGGGGUGUUUGGAACAAACAACCUCAACUUGACAAGCAAUGUUGUGCACCACACCGUUGGGCAAGGUAUAAUUUUGACGGGGAUGGGGAACCUCCUGAGUGACACCCUGAUCACCCAUUCCAUCUGGCCUGGAACCUACCAGGACCGUUAUGAGUCAGCAAGUCAGAAGUGGGAGGGAGCUCUGGAGGUUCAGGAUGCUACCAAUGUUAUACUGAAGGGCAACCACAUUGCUGGAGCAGAGCGUGUUGGAAUCCACAUGGACGGGGAACCAUGCACAGAUGACAGCUGGGGCUGGAGUGACAACGUGAUUCACACAGCUAUUCAUGGCAUCCAUAUCUAUAUGGAUGGCGUGGGUGAGUGCUCCAGGGUCCGGAACUUUGUCAUCUGGAAGUGCUUCAGCUAUGGCGUGUACUUCCAGUCUAAGGACAGUGCAGUUCUGGAGAGCAACACUCUUGUAGACAAUGGAAUUGGCUCAUUCCUUUCAAUCAUAGGACCAGAAUCUCUCAGCCACGUGAUGGUGGACAAGACUGUUACAGUCAGAAAUUCCCUCUACGUCGGACGUAGUUCAGCAUUCGACUGUGAGACUGACGUUGUGGACUGGGAUGAUGACAACUUCAAAAUUGCGAGAAAAGUGGGCGGCAUAGGGUUCAAGAGCGGCAAGGGAGAUAGCCCCGGAGGUUUUAUUGGGUCGUCGCUUGGUAACUUCAUGUCUGGCGACAGUGGCUCCCCGCUGCAUCCAUGGGACAACCAAAUGGCCUACCCUAGCCUGGGGGGAAGCUCAUUGUUUAGUGGUGUGACCUUUGCGAAUUACAAUGAAGCAUGUGGCAAAGAGGACGUUGCACUGCAUACCUGGUCAGGAAAUGAGGAUGGGACACACCCUGUUUCAACUGAGGCUCUUCAUUUUGACAAUGUACCUGUUGACAACAGGGUAUUCAUUGACAGACCCAGUGUUAGGGCGAUCAAUCCCUCUGACUGCGUUGACAUGCCCUGUGACGGCAAGCUACAAUUGGCCAUUGACGACAAAGACGAUACGUUGCUGGAGCUCGGAGCACCAGGAGCUGUCAUUGGACAGUCUGACUGGGAGUGGGAUGGAGACGCCCGGUACGGCAGAGGAGACUAUCGAAUCCCCAGCACCAUGCUCUCUGACCUGUCUGGAAACAAGAUUGACCCCUCGGACCUUGCACCAAAUGGACCAGGUAUUGUUCGGAAUAACCAGUGUACGAAAGAUGACGACAUGCAAGCCUACUUGUGCACUGGCAUUAACUACAAGAUGCUGACAAUCGAGAGCAUGGAUGCAGACACCGAGACCCGACGUCUCUCACCUAUUGGCAUUUUGAGUAACGGCUACAUUGACCUGGUCAAUGGACCCCAGGACCAUGGAUGGUGCUCAGGCUACACCUGCUCCAAGCGUAUCUCCACCUUCCAGAUUGUAGUGGCAGAGGGCGAGGACUAUCUCAUACACUUCAGCGGCGUCUCACCCCGCGAAUCCCGUCACUACCUGCUGGAUGCAGAAGACGACAACACCGUGAUUGUCGGCAUGUACUUCUCCAACCCUGAGAGGCUUGACAUCUAUGCUGACGGCAUCUACGUCGAACCGAAGAACGCUGCGCCAGGUGGUAACGGUGCCGUGUUGCCUGGAAAUUAUAAACCAACACACCAGGAUGAUGCUGGAGCAAACUUCAUGGACAUUGAAAAGCAGACGCUAUACUUCCUCUUGAAGGGUACAACUGUCAUCGACAUCAAGACCUCCGACGUGAUCACUGUCGCUUUUGGGCUCCCACCAGUCACUCUGGACGAUUUCUUCGGAGAGAACUUGGUGCAAAACCUCUGUGGUUUCCUGAAUAUCCCGACCAACAAGGUUCGCCGAAUGAAUGUUGUGAGCGAGGCCGGGAAACGACGCCGGCGUGCUGCCGGUGGGGUCACUGUGGAACUGCAGAUUGGAGAUCCACCAAGCCAGACCGUCGACGGCACUGUCCAGGACAGUUUGUCAUACGACCAGCUGAAAGCACUGGAGGCUACCCUCAUUGAUGCCCUUCAAUCAGGAGCACUGUCAAGCAUCUUGGGAGUAAAUGUGACAAGUGCGUCCAUCAACGGGCCUGUUCCCCCGGUUGGAAGCGAGGAGUGGUCCCAGCUGACUGUGGAGCCCGCCGUCGCGGAGACGUACACCACUCCGUCAUCCCUCCGCAUGGCGGCUGAGCCUGAACCACUGCACGAAGGAGCUGGCUUCAGCGUACAGCCAAAGAUCCAGGCACUGGAUACCGAGGGUAAUGUCAUCACCCAUCUCGGCUACUCUGACUCCCCCUGGGAGAUCACGGCAACAUUGCAGCUUGGGUCAGGGUCUGAUGUACGUGCCCUGCUGAAAGGCACCACCAGUGUCCCGUAUGUCAACGGAUGGGCCAACUUCACUGACCUGGAGAUCACUCACAGUGGUGAGGACUACACCAUCCACUUCACAGUGAGCAGGGACACCCAGACACCUCUGCUGGUGUUCUCCCAGCCUCUGACUGUGGCUACCAAGCCUGUGACAGUUGGUGUGCUGAGCCAACCAGAGACAGCGACAGUGAACCAACCCUUCAGCCUACAGAUGGAACUCAGGGAUGCUGUGACUGGUCAGGCAAUACCUGACAUCGCCUGGAAGGGGCUGACCUGGACUGUAACCGUCUCUCUGGUGAAACCGUUCCCUGAAAUGUACAACGGCAGCCUCUCUGGGGAGACCUCGGCCACCUUCAACCCCCUCACCGGUUACGCAACCUUCGUCAACCUUCAGCUGUCUGACAUCAGCCGUUACCAGCUGGAAUUCCACGUGACAAACGACCAAAACAUGGCAGAGUACGACUUCACCUACGCCCCUGACCCCAUCGACGUCUUCCCAUCGGGCUACCACGUUCCAGGGGGGGUGGAGAAAGCAGUGCAGAUCAAAUUUGACGCUGACUUCGCCACCGUGCAGGAGCACGAGUCGCACUUCGAGAUCUUCAUGAUGAACGAACUGAACGCAAAGUACAGCGAUGUCUACAUCUCUGCCGUGGAUGCUUCUUCAGGAAGCAUCAUUGUGGACUUCACCUUGACUGGUCCAGAGGAGGAGGUCGAUGCUGUCCUCCUGCGUCUGUGGGAGGCGGUCAACCAGCCGAUGACCGUGACCUUUGCCGGGAACACCAUGUCGACUCUCCCCAUCAUGUUCGUGAACAGGGAGCGCUACUACGGUACCAGUGUGGCGAGCAGUGAGGACAUUGUCCUGAUUGCGUGCAUUGCCACUAUGUCAGGCCUGGCUGUCCUUUUCAUCGCUCUGAUUGUGAUCUGGAGGUGCAAGAAGUCAGCAGCAGGAGGAAAGAGGAGGUGGAGCGACUUCCGUCCCUCAUCAGCCAUCUUCCGCCCGAGCUCUGCUACCAGUGUCAUCAAGGUGAAGGAAGCUCACUUCAACCAGCCCCCAGUGGUCCUGCAGUCCUUCAACCCACUGAAGGACAUUGAGGAGAACAUGGGCAGGAAGAACUCCGGCUUCUCAUUGGAUGAGACUCGUUUCGACAAGGACAUCGAGUCCCGCCCCGUCUCCCGGGCAACCCCCUCCCCCACCCCUCGGCCGACCUCUCCCCCGGGAUACGUGUAUGAGGAGGAGGAGGAUGAAAACAUUCCAAUGCCGAAGAACAUGAAGGUGAAGUUGCUGGACAAGACAUAUCGCCGCAUCAAGCUGGGCCGCACCUGGAUCGACAUGAAGAAGACCCUGGACCAGGCUCGUCAAGAUCUGGUCACUGCGUUCCCAGGUCAGCUGGGUGGGAAAGACUUCAGGUUCAUGACCGCCAACCUGACUCACGUGGUGACGGAGGUGGAGGGAGAGUUCCGCCUGAAGGACAUCAUCGCCAGGGACUGUGAUGUCAUCGCCCUCCACAUGGUGUAAGACCUAAUACCACAUGGACCAAGGACGUUAUAUGCAUGGACCAAUCAAGACGAGCUUGUUCGAUUGAUGGAUAGAUUGAUUGACAAGCUGUACUUCCAUGUUUGCUGAGUGUUUGCUGUGUAUUACAUCAUUGUGGAAUGAUGUUUAAUUUUGUGGUGUUACCAAGCACUCUCUUAGGUUGUUUCACUGACAAGAGAAACAUAGAUCCAUAAUCACACUUCACUGAAAGCAGAAACAUAGUACACUUGGAAUCACUUGAUUUUUUUAAUCAUACUUUUCAUGCAAAACAUCUGAAGUUCUGUGUGGCCUUUUUCUACCUCCUGUACUGUAAAUACAAAGGGUUCUACAACAUUAGCAGUAAGAAUCCAUGUCUGAUGUAAAAGUCACAUAAAAGACUUUUGAGCCAAUGAACAUUCUGAUUGGCUACAGGAUACACCAAUGAAAUUGCCGUUUUCCUUUCAUCAGUAUUUUGAUUGGUUUGGCCUGCUUGACAGCCACACCACCAUGCUGAUGUUAGUUAAGCAUGAAUUUCCAACUUCUUCCAACCUUUCCCUUGAGUUGUGAUAUUUUUGUGUGUUUCAAACAAAAAAAAUAUUCUAGCAGUGACUUCUCACCAUGAACUCUGUCAUAUACGCCAAAUUUUAUCCUUAUUCUGUUUAAGCUACCAAGAAGACACUACUGGAAAAUAUUCAGACAAAUAUCAUAUGUAUCACUUUAAUUUAUGAUAUGAUUUUAACUGGUACCUGUCAAUUGGUCUUCAAUACUAGCAACAUUCAUAAAACUGUGGCAACAACUGUUGUUUUAUCAUUUUUUUUAAUCUUCAUUUUUUUUAUUAAGAAAAACAUUUUUAGUACAUGUACAUGGUGAGAAAGCACUUUGGUAGAUGUUAUGAUUUUUGAAGAUUAUUCUAGUUUGAGAUUUUUUAUUAUUGACAAAUGUCAACCCCAUGACAUGCAUCAAAGCAUAGGCAAGCACAUUAGACCUGCUUGCAUCCUAUAGUGUGUUGACUACUAUAUAUGUGGAAAAAUCAAGUACAGUAUAAAAGCGGAAAGUAUACAUCGACGAUGUUGGUACAUAACAUUCACCAACACUUGUGUAAGAGAGAACACACUAUAUGGUCAUCCACAUUGGGUGCAUGUUUGCUCUGUGUGUGCUGUGUGAAUAAAAUGAAGAAAAAAUCCAA